AUCUUGCGAACUGUGUCGAUAGGUGGUGCGACAGGUGUUUCAAAUCAAAUUUUUAGUGAAAUUUUACUCGGUUCACAUUAUUUUACGUUCAAAAUAGCAUAAACUUUUCGUGAAAGUGAAAAAAUGAUAAGUAGAAAAUCUCAAUGACAAUUUAAGCAUUGUUGUCUAGUUCUUAUCAUGUCCUGUAAUUCCUGCUCGAAGUCAUUUUCGCUGCUUCGUCAAGAAAAAGGUUGCCCUAGUUGUGGCUUUAGCUACUGUUCAAAAUGCUUGAACCAUAAAGUCUUUUUACAAAAACUUAAUGCUGAAGUAAAGGUUUGCACUAAAUGUAAACAGCAAGCUAAUAAAAAUGAACCUAAAUCAGUUGAACCACCGGAUGCAUAUUAUAAAAGGAUUGCAAUCACUAGUGAUUCUACAGUAAAUAAAGAAGGGUCUGAAAACACUACUGAUCAAUUAAUUUAUGAAAAAUUAAAGAAAUUGAAAGAUGACAAGCAAGAGAAUUUAGGGAAAAUAAAAAAUGAGGAUAUUAUUGCCCGUUUACAAAAACUUAAAGAUGAUAUUCCUUCUACAUCAAAUGCUGAAUUAGAAUUAAGAUUGGCAAAUUUAAAAGGAGUUCCAACUAGCACAGUUCAGAGUAAGCCAGUUUUGCCAGGUCCUGAGUUAAGAACAGAACAGGAACAAGCAGAUGACCUCAUGAAGCAAUAUAUGGCACAAUCCAACAUUGAUACUAAAUAUAAAAAAGAAUUUGAUAACAUAGUUAGUGACAUUGAAAAUAGAUUGCAAAAAAUUAAGGGGUCUUCCACUUCUAGUCAAAUGAAGACAGAUGUCACAGAGAACAACAAUAAAUCAGAUGAUGAGGAAGAAAUGAUAAAAAAAAUUAUUCAAAAGGCGAAAGAAGAAACUAGUGUAACAGAUAAUGAAGGUUGUGAUUCUGCACUAGAUGAGCUACCGUUUUGUGAAAUAUGUAAUGAGGAUGCUAAGAUGCGUUGCCGAGGCUGUAAAUAUCUGUUCUGCAAAAGGUGUUUUUAUGAACAUAAAGAUGAUGAUGAUGGUUGUGAUAGUUAUGAACCAUAUACAGCACCAAAGACAUCUUGCUUAUAAAUUUUCUGUAAAUAUAAUCAGAUAUAUUACAAAUAUUACAUAUAUAUUUUGCUAAGCUUAAUUUAAAUAAAACAAUUUUAGUAUAUUAUGCAUUUAUUUAAUUUUAUUUUUAUCUACAAUACUCGGUAUUAAUUUUACUAAAUCAUCAAUACCAAGCUGGUAUUCACUUUCUAUCCACAUAUCCUUUAAUUUGUAAAUAAUAUGACUAUACAUUUUGCCAGGCAUAUAUCCAUUCUCCUUUAGAAUUUUACCAUUCACUGGAAAUCGUGGUAUGAUCCAUUUUUUAAAAUCUUCUAAAAGUUUUUCAUCACCUCUAUAUUUAAGCAAUUCAACAACAUAGUCAUAAGCAUCUUGUUGCUUUA